AUGAACCUGGAAGGUCUGGAGAUGAUUGCUGUUUUGGUGGUUCUGGUCCUCUUCAUUAAAGUGCUGGAGCAAUUUGGGCUCUUUGAGCCUGUCUCCUUGGAAGACAGCGUAGAGGAUGAGCUUGAACUCGCCACUGUUUGUCAUCGGCCUGAGGGUCUGGAACAACUACAGGAACAAACUAAGUUCAGCCGCAAAGAACUACAAGUCUUAUACCGAGGCUUCAAGAAUGAAUGCCCUAGUGGGAUUGUUAAUGAAGAGAGCUUCAAGCAGAUCUACUCACAAUUCUUCCCACAGGGAGAUUCUAGUACAUAUGCAACUUUUCUUUUCAACGCAUUUGAUACUGAUCACGAUGGCUCUGUCAGCUUUGAGGAUUUUGUGGCUGGUUUGUCCAUUAUUCUCCGUGGCACUAUAGAUGAUCGGCUCAGUUGGGCCUUCAAUCUCUAUGAUCUGAACAAAGAUGGCUGUAUCACCAAAGAGGAAAUGUUGGAUAUAAUGAAAUCCAUUUAUGACAUGAUGGGCAAGUACACUUAUCCAGCCAUGAGAGAAGAGGCACCCCAGGAACAUGUGGAAAAUUUUUUCCAGAAAAUGGAUCGGAACAGAGAUGGUGUGGUGACUAUCGAUGAAUUCAUUGAAUCCUGUCAGAAGGAUGAAAACAUCAUGUGUUCCAUGAAGCUUUUUGACAAUGUGAUCUAG